AUGAACCAGAUGAAUGCCGGUGGGAUGAAUCCCGGGGUCGGAGGCCCUCAACUCCGAUGGGAGUCUCAACAACUUGAAUACAUAUAUCUACGAUUACUUUUGAAACGCGGCUACCACGACUGUGCACGCGCUCUUCUCCGCGAAGAAUCAAUGAAGAUCAACACGGAUCCCGGUACCAAGACAAGUCCCGGUAAUCGCCAGAACGAUAUGAACGGCGUCGAUGGUGACAUGAUGACCGAUGGCAAGGAUGGCGAGAAGAUCAAAAUCCCCGAUGAUCUGCCUCGUGCUAGCCUUCCCAACGACAGUACGCAAACCGCUUUCCUGCUCGACUGGUGGAGUCUCUUCUGGGAGUUCUGGCAGGCGCAGCGCAAGAGAGGAAACAACCACGACAUUCGGCAAUAUCUCUCACACAACCAGGCGCUUAUGCGUGUCCGCGAGCAGCAACAGAAUCAGCUCAUGCGGCAACAGCCGAUGAUGCCUGGCCAGAUGCCGCUCAACAUGCGUCGCAAUGGCAUGCACCCUGUACCCCCCAACCUUCAGAAAACGGUGUUGCAAAACACCACUGGCCUGUACGUCCAGGACAUCAUGAUGCUAUUCCCCAUCCCUUUUUUCACAGGCUCCCAACAGCAAUUGGCCCAGCAGUUCCAAAAGAACCAACAGAUGCAGAUCAUGCAGCAGAUGCAACGUGACCAGCCCGACAUGGACAUGAACGGCAAUCGACCCCAGUCCCCAGCAUCUGCGGACAACGCCCCAUCCCCAUCGAAACGCCCGCGCCUGGAAGGAGGCCCCGUUAACGGACAACAGCUCGCACCUAACGGCCGUGGUCAAGGACAGGGAAUGCAAGGACAGCCUAACCCCCAGGCUCAGGCUAUUAUGAUGCAGAAUGGAAUGAACAGGGGAAUGAACCCGGCGCAAUUCCAGCAGUUCCAGCAAGGACAGGCUGCGCAACAAAAAUCUAUGCAGGUAUAUGCUCAAAACUUGGCCCUUCAUCACACUCGCUCAGCAUUGUCUCCCCAGGGUCUUCCGAACGGCGGUAUGAUGAAUCCCGGCGUUAUGCCGAAUCAGACGGAUCUCGUGGCGAUGCAGGAUGCCAAUGGAGGAAUGUUCCCGGGUGCCGAAUACUAUCAGAACGCCCAAAUGCCCCCGGGUCGAAAUGGCAUGCAACAACCAAACGGCCAGCAAGGCGGCGGCAAUCAUGCUCUCCAGGAUUAUCAGAUGCAACUCAUGCUGCUUGAACAGCAGAAUAAGCGGCGUUUGAUGAUGGCUCGUCAGGAGCAGGACAGCAUGGCCCGUGACGGUCAACCAAUGCCCGGCCAAGGACAGCUGCCACCCGGCACUUCCCCACAGGGCAGUCGCACAGGUGCCUCGCCGAACCCCAGUGAACAAAUGAAGCGGGGUACACCUAAGAUGCCCCAGAGUGGUCUUCCUGGUUCCCCCAGCGCCGGCGAUAUGGGCCAGAACCGCGGAUCUCCUGGAUCUAUGAAUCUGAACGGCGGCCCAAUGCCACCCGAGAUGGCGGCUCAGUUCUUCCAAGGCAACCCCAACAUGCGUCCCCCAAGCUCUAACCCACAAUUCACUGGUCCCCAGAUGGGCCAGCCCAUUCCUGCCGGUGCCGGCGGCCGCAUGCCCAGUGGGCAGUGGCAGCAGCCCGGUCAGCCGAUGCCCCCGCAGCACUCACCCGCAUCUCAGCCCCAGGCCGGCACUCCCCAAGAACGGAAUGCGAUGCCUCCUCCUCAGGCUCCGCCUACUGGCCCUGCCGGCCGCACCCACCCUCAAUCUCCCCAGACGGGUGCAAACGCUCCCCCCACACCUCAGCAGGGUAAUAAGGCAGCUCCCGGCAAGGGCAAGAAAGAAGGCGCCAAGGAGAACACCCGCAAGCGACCCAAGAAGGGUGCUGCUGCCGCUGCCAAUGCUGCCAAUGCUCAAGCUCCCGAAGCUGGAGAGACGGCUCAGACGCCUACUCCAUCCACCCCUGUCACUCCUCAACAUCCUAAUUCCUUCAACAAGGCCGGUGCCAACGGGGGUGCCAAUGCGCAAAUCCAGCCCACCUCGGCCCCAGCUCCGCCAACAAUGGUCCAACCUACCAUGGAUCCCAAUCCGCAAUCUUACAAUGAUCUCUCAAUUCCUGAUAAUGCUUUCAAUCUUGACUUCGGCGCUCUGGAUAACCCUGAUAUCCUGGAGAGCUUCGACUUUGACACUUUCCUCAACACUGACGGUGAUGGGACUGGCUUUGGAUUCGAUCCAAACAUGCCUUUGAGCAUCGACGGUGUCGAGGCCGGUCCAGACAUGGGAUGA